AUGAAGGCUUUUAUGACACAGUUGUUUGAGCACAACUUCUCUGGAAUGGAACAAAGGAUACAGAAACAGAUGGCCGAGACAUUUGAGCAGAUGCGGACAGAGCUUAAACAAUCACGUAAGGAAGCCAGCGUUGAAGUUGAGCUUGGAGAGCCUUCACCGACAAAGCCAUCGACGAGCCAGGCACCGUUGAGGAGGUCCACACGCGGGGAUGGUUCCGAGACUACAUUCGAUGUGAAUUAUAGUGAAGCAGAUGAUAUGGGUCGCGGGAUAGGUACGCAAGGGGUUGAAGGGCUUUCUCAGACGUCGUAUGUGCCAGGCUUUGAUCCAUCUCAGGACAAAAAAGAAGAAGACUGGUGGACUCCAAUGACUUCGGUCCGAGGUUCAGUGGAUAAUCCAGUAAAGAAAGAAAAGACAGAGAUGAAUACAGCUCCACCGCCGUCACAGUGGGAGAAAUGGUGCGAAAGAAAAGGUCAUGGACUUCAGCUUAGCGAUUCACCAUUGCCAGAAGAUGCUUCUCCGCAGGCGUCACUUUAUUAUAUCUCCGAAGAGUCAUGGAAAGGAUUCACGGAAUGGGCAUUAAAGCCUAUACCUUUAACAAUUGGUCCUACAUGCUUUAAUUUGUCUGUAGCUACAAGAGUAGUAAGUGCUGGAAAAUGGCUUGGAAACGAGGAGAUGGAUGCGGUUAUGUUUAUAUGGCGUGUGAACACUACAUUGAAUCGUUGGGCCCCUCGCCGUGUUGCUUUCAUGAGUGCUAUGUUUUGCCUCCAAGUAGACGCUGCAUACAAGAAGUUUUUACCAAACAAAAAAGCCUAUCAAUUGCCUGAUUUCCUUCUUGGGUACGGCAGAGGAGAGCUUCCAUCUCAUGGGCAGACUGAUCUAGUUUGGGGUGUUGAUGUUGAUCGACUCUACUUUCCUCUGUUUGUAAAUGGUAACCAUUCAGAUCACUAG